AUGUUGAGUUUAAUCCAAUAUUCGGACGGGUCAUAUGAUGUCUGCCCUACAAAGGGCAUUCGUAGGCAGGGUUCAUCAUGUACGGUAAAGUAUCGUUCAACCAGCUAUGAAGUAGAAGUUAUUUCUUCAGGCGACGAUAAGGAAUAUCUCUUAGGGUUGGCUGCGAAAUCAGAAAACGCAGAACCUGCUGAGAAGGUCAACGAAUUCUCCCUCCAAGAGGAAGAGAAUAAAAAAGCAUCAGGAAACACAGAUGAAACAAGCGAAAAUGAUCGUGAGGACGAGGAUGAAGAUGACAGCUCGGAAUAUGUUCCGAUGACUGACAGUGAAUACGACACUGACGAAAUACCAGACUCUGAUGAACAGCUGGAGGAACCUGAACUGAACGAGAAUGAAGUACCAAACUCUUCUCAUGAUAGAAGUGCAAUUAAAGAAAAUAAUACAUCGCAAAAUUCUACCUUGAAUUCAUCUGCAAACCGUACAAGUAUCGGAUGUGACGAUGCCCAUCUCAACGUAGAUCCGUCAAACGGCUCUAAAGGGGCUGGAAAAUUAUAUUAUUGCAUUUUCUGUGAUAAAAAACAAACCAAAUUUGCUCGACAUUUGCUACGAGUACACAGUGACGAAACUGAAGUGAAAAAAUUCAGUUACUUACCUGCAAAAAACCCUGAGCGACUAAAAUUUAUCACUAUGCUUCGAAACAAAGGCAGUUUGGUACAUAACAAAGAUAUCACUAUAAAUAAUGGAAAGUUAUUUGUCUGUCGAAGACCUCAGGCAAAAAUGAAGAAGGCUGGUAAGGACUUCGUACCAUGCUCGAAAUGUAAAGGUUUUUAUGCUAAAAGCAAUAUUCGUCAUCAUUAUCAACGUUGUGCAAAUCCAAAGAGCGGCAAUACUCGAACGAUAUUGAUAGAGGGGAGAAAACUUGUUAAACGUAACCACCCUGAAGCAUCUUUCAAGAUGAGCAACAGAAUUUUACCCGUACUGAGAGAUGACACUGAAGGUCAUAUUGCUAGAUAUGAUCGACUAAUUGUAUUAUUUGGCAACAAAUUAUCUCGUAAAUACCAGCAUCCACAUCGAGAUAAAAUGAUAAGAAGUCAAUUGAGGUUACUUGCUCGGUUUGUGAUAGCAUUAAAAGACCUAGAUCCAGAAAUUACGGAUUUGCAAUCUCUGUAUAAUCCUAAAUUUUAUGAUACAGCUCUGAAAGCAGUGAAUAAAGUGGCUAAAUUCCGCGAUGAAGACGGUACUUAUGAAACUCCAGCUCCAGCUGCGGCACUUGGAACAUGCUUGAAGAAAAUUGGGGCUAUUCUAAAAAGUGACUGCAUCAAACGACUUGAUGCUGAGAAGAAACAGCUGACUAUAGACUUUUUGAAUUUACUCGAAGAAGAUUACGGUUGCAGUCUACUGACACAACCAUUGAACUCAAAUAAUACUGGAACGCACUUUCUCAUAAGCUACUGCAGUAGCCAAGCGUGCCGAGAGCCAUAA